AUGAAAACUCUGAUGACACCUUCUGAACUAAAAAAUUACCAGGACGGUAAAAUCAAAUGGCGUUCUUUAAAGCUAGAAAACAUACUACAAGGUGCGACUGAACCUACUACGAUAAGAAGAUCAUCAAUAUCGUACGAUGAUGGAAAAAUAGGAAGAAAAAGGGAGGUUGAAAAUAAAGCUGAGCCCAUGAAAAAGAAGCCUCGUCAUGAAAAAGACGGAGAAGAACCUAUCGAUGUCAAUGUUGAAAUGGUUAGCCAAUAA